AAACAAGAAACAGUCGGACCCCAAACAAAACGAGGCAAAUCGAACCGAUCGAACACCCCCAUCGGAAAUCAUUGGGAAAGCGAACAUUUUUGUCCAGGUGUGAACAGUCGGCGACGGCGACAACGACGACGAGAAAGAUAUUCCCCGGCAGGGUCGGAAAGCUUUUGGGUUUUGUAUUGAUAACGAAGCCAGAUACUAGACACACUUUUUUUCCACCGCGUUCCCUUGAGUCAUUCACGAAAACACACCCAGAACCGCAAUAUGGAGCGUGUCUAUCCGGCUACACCCCUGGAAGCGCCCAAGGGAUCCGGGGAGGUGGAGUCGCCACCGGAACACCAGCAGCUCUUGUCACCGCCAGCUCCACCGAGUUACGAUCAAGCCACUGGCAUACCGGCGGAGACAACCGGACCUACGCCCAAGCCGGUAACAACAACAACCACACAUCAUACAGUGGUGGUGGUGCCCAGUUCGCCUUACGGCCCGGAGCCCAUGGACGUUCAGUGCCCCCACUGCCAUAACUACGCCCGGACCCGUAUAUCCUACAAGCCCAGUUCGCGCACCCAUUUGAUUGCCCUGAUUCUGUGCCUGUUCCAGUUGUACUGCUGCGUGUGCCUCCCCUACUGCAUAUCAAGUUGCAUGAACACGAAUCACUACUGUGGCAUGUGCGAUCGCUACCUGGGCACCUAUAAUCGCAAGUGAUUUGCCGGAUUUGAGGGGGGUUCUGACUCGUUCUUUCUGUUCAUUUUUAUGCGUUUGUGUUACUGAAUUAAACUACGAGUGUCCCUAGCUCAAAGUUUAAUUUAUUUUUAUCCCAAACUUUGUUACAUUCAUAUCGUAUAUAAUGGAAUAACUUAAAAGCAUUUGCUGUUUUGAAAUUGCAGACUUUACCUGCAAUGUGAAUAAAUAAACAAGUUUAUUACUUAAUUAA